CCGGCGCUGGCCGCGGUGCUGAAGACGCCGGCGCCCCCGCCGCCGCUGCAGCCGCCGCGUUGUCCCGGUCCGGCGCCGCCGCCCCCGGGGGCAUGGGGGACCGCUGACUGAGGCUCGGCCACGGCGGCGGGGGGGAGGGCGAGGGGCCGCAGCCCUGCACCCACUCGCAGCCUACGGGCCCGGGACGGAGCCGCUCCCCCCUCCCCGCCCCCCCCAGCCUCCUCCCCCGCCUGUCCAGGGGCGGCACUGCGGGCUGGGAAGCCGGGACCAGAGGAGGGAAGGAAGGAAGGAAGGAAAGAAGGAAGAGGAGAGCGGAGCGGAGCGGAGGACGGAGGAGAGCGGCCGGGAGGCGCAGCGGCGGCGGCGCAGGGCAGGAAGCGGGCGGCGAGCGGACUGGCACUGGCGCGGCAGCAUCCAGCGGCCGGAGGGGGGACCCGAGCCGCCUCCGCCGCUCCUCGGAUGGUGACGGGGCCCCGCCGCGGCCGCAGUCCCCCCGAGCCCCGGCUCCGCAGGAAUCAUGCCCAGGUCCUUCCUGGUCAAGAAGGUCAAACUUGACACGUUCUCUUCGGCAGACCUCGAGAGCUCCUACGGGCGUGCCCGCGGCGACCUCGGCGUGCGACUGCACGAUAAAGGAUACCUCAGCGACUACGUGGGGCCUGCGUCCGUCUACGAUGGCGACGCCGAGGCGGCGCUGCUCAAAGGGCCGUCCCCGGAGCCCAUGUACGCGGCGGCCGUGCGGGGAGAGCUGGGCCCCGCGGCCGCGGGCUCGGCGCCGCCGCCCACCCCGCGCCCUGAGCUGGCCACCGCUGCGGGCGGCUACAUCAACGGCGACGCGGCCGUCAGCGAGGGCUACGCGGCCGACGCCUUCUUCAUCACCGACGGGCGCUCGCGCCGCAAGGCCGCCGCCGCCGCCGCCGCCGCCGCCGCCGCCCCCUCCACGGCCGCGGCCCCCGACGGCGACGGCGACACCGGAGGCGGAGGCGGGGCGGGCGCGCGGGGCUCGGGCUCGGGGGCAGGGGGCCGGGGCGGCGCGCGCGCGGGGGCGGGCCCCGAAGCUCGCGCGGGGCCAGGGCCCGCGGGUGCCGGUGGCCGGCACGCGUGCGGCGAGUGCGGCAAGACGUACGCCACGUCGUCGAACCUGAGCCGCCACAAGCAGACGCACCGCAGCCUGGACAGCCAGCUGGCGCGGCGCUGCCCGACGUGUGGCAAGGUGUACGUGUCCAUGCCGGCCAUGGCCAUGCACCUGCUCACGCACGACCUGCGCCACAAGUGCGGCGUGUGCGGCAAGGCCUUCUCGCGGCCCUGGCUGCUGCAGGGCCACAUGCGCUCGCACACGGGCGAGAAGCCCUUCGGCUGCGCGCACUGCGGCAAAGCCUUCGCCGACCGCUCCAACCUGCGCGCGCACAUGCAGACGCACUCCGCCUUCAAACACUUCCAGUGCAAGCGUUGCAAGAAGAGCUUCGCGCUCAAGUCCUAUCUCAACAAGCACUACGAGUCCGCCUGCUUCAAGGGUGGCGCGGCCGGCGGCCCCGCGGCCCCCGCGCCGCCGCAGCUCGGCCCCGUGCAGGCCUAGGGCGGAGGGCCUGCGCCAGCCCGCUCGGCGCUCAGCAAUACGGGGCCUCCCCCAGGGAAGUCUCCGCCGGCGUCCGGGUGGAGGGGCCGGAGGGCGGGCCCCUCCUCACAGCAAUAGGGGGAGGGGGCCGGCCCCACCCUGCCCCGCCCGCCGGGGGCCUUGCCAGCCCCUUCAAGCAAUAGGGUCCCGAGGGGAGACCCACCCCGAACCCGCUCCCCUCCCCUCCAGGGUGCCCCAGGCUUCCUCCCAGCAAUAGGGUCGCCGAGACCCAGAACCGAACCUCAGCUCCGAGCUGGGUCUCCGAAGAUUGGGGCGGGGGGCGGGCGCGCCCCCCUGCUCCCUCCUCUGCGCCUCUGGAUCGCGUCGCGAGACUCAGGUCUUCCCCACCCCUUCCCAAGCCUUCCAGGGCCGGGCCUUCGGCCCACACGUCCGGGGCGUCGGUUCCUCGCGGCAGCGGGCUGGCGGAGGGGCGGGCGCGGGCGCGGCCUGCGGAGGCGCCGCUGCCCGCUCCGGGGGCCGGGGCCGGGGCUGACGGCAGCGCUGCUCUCCCUCGGGCCCCUUCGGGGGGGCCCGGUCCGAGCCGCCCUCCCACCCUCACCCUCCUCGCAUCCUCUGCGAAAUCCGAAUUCUUCCAGCCCAGCUCCCGGGGCUCUGUCCUCCACACGGAAUAAUAAUGACGCAUAUCGAAUCGCAUGGACUCACCGACCCCCUGAGACCCCCGCCCCGCCCCGGGGCCCCGUCCCGCGCACCCGCGGCGCUAGGUGGUGUUGGAGGACGGAUUCCGGGCCCGGCAGGCGGGCGCGGCUCUGCCCUCCACACACCUCUGUAUUCGCUGCGAGGGGUUGCGGACGCGUCGGGGCUCCUUCCUGUAUUAGUUUUAUUUAUGAACGGAUUGCACUCGGGUCAGGGAGGGGGCGCCGGAUCCCCCACCCCCUAAUCCUCCCCGCCGACGCUGGGGACUCGGGAGUCCAGGAUCAGUGUCCCCACCCCUAGCCGGGCUCGGGCUCGGUCCCGGGGGAGCCUCGGACCCCGCCCCACUCGGUUGCCAACUUUCGCCCGUCUAUGCCAAAGCCUCGGCGGCGACUCCGCCCCAAGGGCCCGCCCCAUUGGCCGCCGCCUUUGUGACGUCACUGCAUGCAGCCCCACCCCUCCUCCCGACCCUUCCCGGGGCUGCCCGCUCCCCUGGCCCCCUAGUUAGUCCGACGCCGACUAUAGAGCAAUAAUGCGCACUGCAUGCGAAGCUGCCGCCGCCUCUAGUUCUUGAGAAUCAGAUGCCACCGCCUGCAGGACUCACUGUUCAGCUCUGACAGUGGCUUCAGCAA